AUGGAGAGCAGCAGGGGUUGGGCAGCAAUACAGGCGGAGGAAGCACAUGGAGAGCAGCAGGGGGGGGCAGCAAGGCGGGCAGAGGAAGCACAUGGGGAGCAGCAGGGGGGGCAGCAGGGCGGGCGGGCACAUGGAGAGCAGCAGGGCUGGCGGAGGAAGCACAUGGAGAGCAGCAGGGGGGGCCAGCAGGGCGGGACAUCAACCAUCUUCUCUGCAUUACCUCCUUUCUGUGCAUCGUCACACCUCCCCUUCCUGUUUCACCAAUGCCCAUCUUCCUUCUGCCGCCCCCUCCCUUAUCGCCUCCCAUCUUCCUCCCUUGUCGCCUCCUAUCUUCCUCUGUGCCCCUCUCCCCCUCGUCCCCUACCGGCAGGCCACAGCACCACGGCGCACCUGCUGACGUGGACGUUCUAUCUUCUGGCGAAGCAUCCCGACUGGCACGAGCGGCUGCGAGCAGAGCUCAAGCAGGCGCUAACUCAGCAGGGGGCACAGGCCACGUCAGCAGUCCCCACCGCCAGCACGGAAGAAGGAGCACCAGACAAGGCAGGGUCAGAGGCAGGUGGAGGAAACCACGAAGGGAGAAGCCAAGGGGGGUCUGGAGGGGAGGGAUUGGGGGAGGGACAGGAGGGAGGACAGGAGGAAGGAGACAGGUACACACUUUCAGGGUCAAAUGCACACAUGUGGGGUUGGGGAGGGGUCAAAUGUACGGGAAAGUGGUGUAGAGAGAGGGCACUGAGGGGCAUGGGCAUGGUGCUGCAAGAGAGCCUGCGCAUGUUCCCCCCCCCCCCCCGUCCCCUUCCUGGGCUGCACGUGCUAGCAGGUAGUAAGGCUGGGCCCGUACGACGACCGCAGGGUGUGAACGUGCUGAUACCAGUUGCUCUCUUGCACUAUGACCCGCGCUACUGGGGCCCUCAAGCCCUCCACUUCAACCCCGACCGCUUCUCUAGUCAGUCUAUUUCCGUGCCCUCAUCACUUCAACCUCUAUCGCUUCGCGAGCCAGUCUCGUUUGUUGCCCGUGCCUUGUCUUCCUCCUUCCGCAUCCGUUUUGUUGUUUCUCCCCACUUGUUUCUUCGCAACUCUUGUCUGCAUGCCUAUGCCCUUUUCUCCUCUUGUUUCCCCUUCCCUGUUCUUUCCCGUGAUAUUCCUCUUCCACAUAACUUCAAAGUAGUAUCUAGAGAGGGAGAGAGGGAGAGAGAGAGAGAGAGAGAGAGAGAGAGAGAGAGAGAGAGAGAGAGAGAGAGAGAGAGAGAGAGAGAGAAAGAGAGAGCCUGCCGAGAUGGUUUCAGAGAGAAAGCAGAGAGGGAUGUUUCCGAAAGGGAUGGAGUCUGGAGAGCUAAUGAGAGAAUCACGAGACCCCCUGCAUGGGGUGGCUGA